AUGGUCCAAGCUCAUCCCCAAGUACAAAUCCAUCGUCAGUCAAUCGACAACAAAGAUGAAUUCUGGCUUCGAGCCGCCCGCUCCAUUCACUGGCACAAACCUCCCACUAAUGCCUACGGUCCUUCUUCCAACAAGAAUGCCGCUUACCUCGAUCCUAAUGGUCAUACCUGGUUUCCCGAUGCACAAGUCUCAACUUGCUUCAAUGCUGUUGAUCGACAUUGUUUCGAGCAACCAACCGGAGCAGCCCCCGUGACCGCAUCCCCCGACACCCCGCAUCUAGCCCUCUCACCCACCGCCCACCGCGUCGCACUCCAACACGUCUCCCCACUCGCCUUCCAAACUCAGCCCUCCCGCUCCUUCACCUAUCUCGAACUUCUCCAGCAAGUUCAGCUUGUCGCCGGGAUCCUCCGUCACAAGGGGGUGAAAAAGGGAGAUGCGGUCGUGAUAUACAUGCCGAUGGUGCCUGAAACUUCGAUUGCUAUGCUGGCCUGUGCUAGGAUUGGUGCGGUUCAUUCGGUUGUGUUCGGCGGGUUUGCACCGAAGGAGUUGGCCAAGAGGAUUCAAGAUUCGGGAUGUAAAAUGGUCAUUGCGGCUAGUUGUGGUUUAGAACCGAAAGGACCGGUUGAUUAUAAACCGUUGGUGGAUGAAGCACUGAGGGUUUCGGAACAUAAGCCUGAGUCUGGCCUGUUGUUUUUGCGAAGACAUACGAUUAAGGGACACACUCCCGCAGAGGUGGUAAAGGAGGGCGGACAGGGUAAGGCUGGUUUGCCAGAAUGGGAUUGGGAAGGAGAAGUGAAGUUGACAAAGGAGAAAAAGGGAGGGAGGGAGGCAUGUUGGGAAUGUGUACCAGUUGCUAGUGAGGAUCCGAUUUACACUAUCUACACGAGCGGCACAACCGGAGCUCCAAAAGGCGUCUGCCGAUUGUCCGGCGGACACAUCGUCGCUCUUCGCUACUCUAUCGAGCAUACGUUCGGGAUGAACGCUAACGAUGUCAUGUUUUGUGCUUCUGACCUUGGUUGGGUCGUCGGACAUUCUUAUAUCCACUACGGCCCCCUGCUACUGGGUGCGACUUCGAUCGUGUUCGAAGGUAAACCUGUGAUUCCUGAUGCAGGGAUUUGGUGGAGAAUCUGUUCGCAGUACAAGGUUACUCAAAUGUUCUGCGCCCCUACUGCUCUCAGAGCUAUUGUCGGUCAGGAUGCUGAUGCAAAACUGAUGCGUGCACCAGGGCUGGAUUUGAGGAGCUUAAGAACACUCUUCUUGGCUGGAGAGAGAAGUGAACCUCAGAUUGUGGCCAAGUUUGAAAGACUACUUAAGGAGUUGGCUGCUCCUGGGGCUCAGACUAAUGAUAACUUCUGGUCAAGCGAGUCAGGAUCACCAAUCACAGGUCUCAUGCUUUCCUCCGCCUUUGGCCCUCUCUCUGCCCGCCCCGGCUCCGCUGGACUCCCCAUGCCCGGUAUGGACGUCCGCAUCGUCGACGAUUCCGGUCGCGAACUCCCUCAAGGUCAAAUGGGAAACCUCGUCCUCGCACCCCCACUCGCCCCUUCCUUCCUCGGCGGACUUUGGCGCAACCCUGACCGAUUCUUCUCCUCGUAUUUCUCCACCUUCGCCCAAAAAGGAGGCUGGUUCGAAACAGGCGAUCAAGGAAUCAUCGACCAGGACGGAUACGUUUCCAUCCUCGCUCGUUCCGACGACAUUAUCAACGUCUCUGCUCACCGCCUAGGCACUGGGCUUAUCGAACAAGUCGUUACCUCCCACCCCGACGUCAUCGAAUGCGCAGUUGUUGGUGCACCCGACAAAUUGAAAGGACAGUCACCCUUUGCAAUUGUUGUGGCGCACUCGAGGGUAGCGACGGCGAAAGAUGCAGGAAAAGCAUUGAAUUCAGUGGAGAGUGAAGAGGUGAAGGGGAUGCUGAAAAGUAUCAACGAUCAUGUGAGAAAAGAGAUGGGACCUAUUGCACAGUUGAGUGGGUUGAUUGAAGCUCAGAAGUUGCCAAAGACGAGGUCGGGGAAGACUUUGAGGAGGUCUUUGAGGCAGGCGGUGGAAAAUGCUGCGAGCGGGAAGAGAGGCGCACCUGUCGACUUCCCACCAACAAUCGAAGACAAAGAAGUCAUAGAUACUGUCCGAAACGCUAUCGAACAGUAUUUCGACGCUCUUGACAACCCUUCUUCCCCAUCAACCUCCACCUCUUCCACCACCUCUACCAACCCCACUUCCGCAUCUCGCACAGCCAUCCCUUCUGGUGUCAAUUUGAACAUGAAGGCUCUCCAACUCGAGAAACCUUCCGGCGAACCCAAAAAGGGAGCUCGAAACAUCGCUGCUCUCCGCGAAGUUCCCACUCCUAAGCCCGCAUCCGAUCAGGUCCUCGUUAAGAUUCUCGCAGCCGGGUUCAACCGACGAGACGAAUGGUCUAUGAUCGGAGCAUACCCAGGGCUAGUGUACAAGAAUGCUACCAUGGGAUGUGAUGGUGCAGGUACCAUCGUCGCACCUGAGGGGUUUAGCAUCCCGAACGACCACCCGGAUGGAGUUGUGUUGUUGACCCCGACCCGCGGUUGGGCUUCCGAUAAGGACGGGCCUGAAGCAGAGCUCCCAGGCCUAUCCGACGAGCAGCGAACCAACGGUCUUGGUGGCAAAGGAUUUGGGAUUCUCGGUGCGACCGCUCCAACCAAUGGUGUAGGCUGUUUCGCAGAAUACGUUGCUGUGGAAAAGGAUCAAAUCGUCCCUGCGCCGAAACACUUGACCCCGGAACAAGCAGCUACAUUACCUUGUGCCAGCGUCACAGCCUACCGUGCACUCUUCACCAAAGCCCAAGUAUGCAAAGGUCAAAACCUUCUCCUCACAGGCGUAGGAGGAGGAGUUGCAAUGUUAGCCCUUCAAAUGGCCGUCGCUGCCGGCGCAAACGUUUACGUCACUGGUGGAAGCCCCGCUAAAAUCGAACGCGCAGUGAAACUCGGCGCAAAAGCAGGCACAGAAUACAAAGACCCCUCCUGGCCUUCUAAAAUCCGUUCCCUUCUCCCCGCCUCCCGUCCCUACCUUGACUGCGUAGUUGAUAGCGCAGGGGGAGAGAUUGCAGCUCAGGCACAGAAAGCAGGGUUGAAAAUUGGUGGAAAGGUGGUUGUGUUCGGUAUGACUGCUGCGCCGAAGACGACGUUUACGAUGAGAGAGGUACUGAAGAAUGUAGAGGUGCUGGGGAGCACAAUGGGUAGUGCGAAGGAGUUUGCGGAUAGUGUGAGGUUUGUGGAGAGACAUAGAAUUGUCCCCGUGGUGGAUACCGUUUUGGAGGGGUUGGGGCAAGCGGAGAAGGGCUUUGAGUUGCUUGCUGAGGCUGAUAAGAGGUCUGGUGGCAAGGUUGUUGUGCGGGUGGCGGAGUUGGAUGGGAAGAAGAGUAAGCUUUAA